AAGUGAAACAAAACGGAGUACGGGAACAAAGUGGGAGCCUCCCCCAGCUGAACGGUCGCGUUGCUCACUCAUGACACGUCGCCAAACGAACAAUUCGCCAAGACGAUUCCUCUGCGUGGAAGCGGUGGAGGAGGGUGAACAGAAAUGAACUUCCCACACGGAUAAGCAUCACCUUCUCGCAACGCUGCUCUGCCGCUACAUAUGAAGAGGCCCCUUUUUUUUAGAUACGGCCAACAUACACCCGUCCGUUCGACCCUCCCUGCGUGAAACGCGCAUUGGAGAAGGACUCCCUCAUGUAGCAACGACGCACUGCACAGUUCCUCCUAAAUGAAUGAAAUCCUCAACAGCAACGGGAUUAUCAUUUGCAAAAACAUCCCCAUCGACAAAAACAGAUUUGAAAUAACGGAAAUAUUUAGCAAAUAUGGACCGCUCCUCGGUGAAGGCAUCCACUUUGGGAAAAAAAACAGCAACAUGUUUUACGUGAAAUAUGUUUUCUUUAAAGAUGCCAUAAAGGCGUACGAGAGCUUGAAGGACGACAAGACGGGCGAAUACGACUUCAGGCUGUCGUUCAGCAAAAACGACGAGAUAAAAUAUAGGGCGGUCAAAGGCAACAGGAAGGCCGUCGAGGAACUCAAGUACAUUUACAGAAACAACGAGCAGAUAAAAGUGAACGAUGGCAUGACCAACGAGCUCCUCAACGAAAUAAACGAACAGAACACCGAGAUGCUGAAAAAGAAGAAGAAGGAAAAGGAAAUGGAGAAGAAAAAGGACAAGUCCUUUAUUUUGAACCUCCUCACCAAAAUCGACGAGCCGCAGGAAAGCGAGCAGAGUGCCAGGCUAAAGGCAGACCUAAAAAAUUACCUCAGCCUGAAUUGCCUCUGCGUUUACCACUUUGACGAAAACAACAAACAUGACAAUUACUUAACGCCCACCUUUCCGAAGUGAUUCGCGAAAAUGGGCAUCCUGGGGUGUAGUUUUUUUUUUUUUUAGUAAAACGGGUUUGACGAGUAGCGGGUAUAUUUCAUCGCCCCGCUUUUUUACGCGCGCGUUGCCUGACACUUGAAUCAUCUGAAGUUACGCACAAAAUGGGGAAGCCACGAAUGAGCGGCGAAAAGGGCGUAAUGCAAAAGGGGGGUUUUUAUGAAGGCGCCGCACACUGUAGGCCGCUAAAUCUCUCCAGGCGGACGGAGCAAAAGGGCACCCUCGCUGUGCCCAUCACGUAGCUGCACACAGCUGCUAACCAAUCUGCCACUUCACUCGCUGAGCAGAACUGUGGGUUUGAUCAUCUGCCUGCUGAUGUGCUCUGCGGGGGGCGCAAAAUGGGGGAAAGGCAAGAAGUGAGUGGCGCCGCUUCGAAGUCCACGCAGAAAUGUGAACGGCGCCGCUUCGAAGGCCACGCAGAAAUGUGAACGGCACCGCUUCAAAAGCCACGCAGAAAUGUGAGCGGCACCGCUUCAAAAGCCACGCAGAAAUGUGAGCGGCACCGCUUCAAAAGCCACGCAGAAAUGUGAGCGGCGCCGCCUCGCUUACUUAUCCACUUGUGCUUCUCCUCCCCGUCCACAGUCGCAAACAUAAUUUUCCUGCUGUCGUAACUUAUGCUGAACAAGUGCACGUUGGUCAGGCCCAACUCAU